CCAUCUGCAUGAAGUAGAAGUUUAUAUUCAUUUAACUCCUUACCUUCCACGGAUGACAUCUUUCCCAAAACGCAGAUGGGCCCAAUUAACUGGGCCAUGCACUUCAGUGGCGAAAACCCCUCGUCAAACAUUGGGAAUCUUCGACCGCUUCAUUCACCAAUCGCUUCGUCUUUCACGUCUUUUAACCGCAUUCAUCAUUUCCCAACUAUCCCUUCCCCUUUCACUAUAAAUGGGAAAGGAUGGUUUGUUGCUAGUUCAUCCCUUUCUGAUUUCUUCGCCAUGGCAAGUAAAUCUCAGAGUAAAGUCGUCAUCAACUUAACCCUUUCCGGGACAUCUUCCUCAGAUGAUGAUUUCUCCACCUCCCCGGCUCAAUCCAACAACAUGGCUAGGUUGAGUCCUGGCGAGUUCUCAAGACUUUAUCCAGCACCUCGUCUUCCCGCACCAUCUUCUCCUAGUCCACCCAGGCUUCCAUCCGAGAGGAUAGACUGGGACUCUAUGACCCUCCAAGACUUCGCCUUAUACCAGAGGAUGCGCAGGGCUAAACUUGAGCGUUCUCUGCCGAUUGUCGAGGCGGAACCUUCACGUGAAAGCCGGACUACUUCUCCAAACCUGUUGAAGUCUCUCAAUGAUGGUUCUUCAUUGGGAACACCAGCUCCCCGUACUGGGACGUGGGAAGACUAUGAGAUAGAGGAAGCUGCUGACUCUGUCGCAUGCUCCUCGUCAAAGAGAAGGAGCCCAUGGAAGGGCCCCCCACCUCCUUCUUGUUGACUGCAUGGAUGCAAUAGGCCCUCCUUCAGUGCCUAGCCCCCUGCAAAUUGAAUUUCUUUUCCUUGUUUUAUUUCAAGAGGGAUUCACUUGUUUGGUCCAGGAGUUUUCCCUGCGUCCCAAACUAAGGAAUGUCCCCAGACUAGGAAUUAUC